GUGCCCCGACGCCUCUGAGCUGAAGGGGGCUAGAGAGGGGCGGGCAUGGGCUCCGAACUGCCCGCACCUUGGCUGCUGCUCUUCGCCUGGCUCCCUGCAGGGUGCCUGUCCUUGCUGGUGACAGUCCAGCACACAGAGCGCUAUGUCACCCUAUUUGCCUCUGUCGUCCUCAAAUGUGACUACACCACCUCUGCCCAGCUCCAGGAUGUGGUGGUGACCUGGCGCUUCAAGUCCUUCUGCAAAGACCCUAUCUUUGACUACUACUCUGCGUCAUACCAGGCAGCUUUAUCCCUGGGCCAGGACCCAUCCAAUGACUGCAAUGACAACCAGCGGGAAGUUCGCAUCGUGGCCCAGCGGCGGGGACAGAAUGAGCCAGUGCUGGGGGUGGAUUAUCGGCAGCGCAAAAUCACCAUCCAGAACCGGGCAGAUCUUGUGAUUAAUGAAGUGAUGUGGUGGGACCAUGGAGUGUAUUAUUGCACCAUUGAAGCUCCAGGGGACACCUCAGGAGACCCAGAUAAGGAGGUGAAACUCAUUGUCCUACACUGGCUCACAGUGAUCUUCAUCAUUCUGGGAGCCCUCCUCCUCCUCCUGCUGAUUGGUGUGUGCUGGUGUCAGUGCUGCCCUCAGUAUUGCUGCUGCCACCUCCGUUGCCCCUGCUGUCCUACCCGCUGCUGCUGCCCUAAGGAAGCCCUGGCCCGCCACCGCUACAUGAAGCAGGCUCGGGCCCUAGGUUCUCAGAUGAUGGAAAAACCCCUGUACUGGGGGGCGGACAGGAGCUCCCAGGUUUCAUCUUAUGCAUUGAACCCGCUGCUGCAGCGAGAUUUGUCCCUACGAUCCAGUCUCCCACAGAUGCCAGUGACUCAGACUACUACUCACCCUCCCAUCACCAAUGGUGUCCUGGAGUAUUUGGAGAAAGAGCUGCGGAACCUCAACCCAGCCCAGCCUCUGCCCCCUGACCUCAAAACCAGAUUGGGCCAUCCCUGCAGCAUGCUGUCCUCCCUGGGCUCUGAGGUUGUGGAACGCAGAAUAAUCCACCUGCCCCCACUGAUCAGAGACCUGCCAUUCUCAAGGACGACCAGCAACUCCUCACACCAGCAAUGGCUCACCUCAGAUCCCUCCAGACCCUGGGAUCUGAGGGAGGAGAGAAGGCAGCACCAUCACUCUGAUUUCCAGCAGGAGUUCCAGGAUCGUGGGCCAAAGCCCUGGGCAUUGGAGAGAAGAGCGCGGGACCGCCCAUGGAGUGGAAGGCACCAUAGCUCCAGGCUCAAUGGGUCAUCCAUACCCUGGUCAGACAGGGACAGCCUCAGUGAUGGCCCCUCAUCCAGUGAGCCUCGCUGGCAUCCCAGCCGCCCCCCUCUCAGGAGCCACUAUCAGCAGAGGCCCAGUAGGCCGAGCCCCCGGGAGAGCUCCCAAAGGCAUGGUAGACGCCGGCCCCGCAGCUACUCCCCUCCCCUGCCCUCAGGCCUCAGUUCUUGGAGCUCAGAGGAUGAGAAGGAGAGGCAGCCCCAGAGCUGGAGGACCCAUCACCGCCGUUCACACUCCCCGAACUGGCCGGAGGAGAAGCCGCCCAGCUAUCGCUCAAUGGAUGUCAUUCCAGGCAAGAAUGGCAGGAAAAAAGGGAGUGUGGAGAGGCGCUCGGAGAGAGACAGCUCCCAUAGUGGAAGGAGUGUGGUCAUUUAGUCACCAGGCACAGCACAGCAUCUACGACUAAUUCUC